AAAUUCGUGAAUUCGUGAAACGCAAAUUAAUAUUGCAAAAAUAUGUACCGUUUUUGUAUUUAUUUUAAAUUUUAGGACAUCAUUCGAAUCGACGUUGUGCACAAAUGGAGCAUAAUAUAUUUUAAGGAGUUAAAGUACAGAUUAAAUGAUUUCAGGUCAAAACCUGCUGCGUUUCCUGGUGAAGGUAGAUUACUAAUCAAGCGGACCAACACUGCAGGCACGUCACUCGUUGAUAGCAAAAAUGACACGCCAGCUCGACGCUGACGACAAAAGGAGGAAAAGUCGAAUGCCACGAAAAAUUUAACCUUCUAUAGUCUGAAAAUUUUGCCAGCAAACUAAGCACCACAUUUUGCAAAAACAAGAUGGAGACAGAAGUUUACACUAGUUUAGCCGCCUUAGGGUGCCUUUGUUUCUUCAUCCACCGAGUGGCUUCGAAGGCGCAACCGACCCUCCAAGCAAGCAACCCAGAUUUCUUGCGGUUUCAGCGUCUCUUCUUCGUUGUCUACUUCCCAGCACUUUUCUCCGAUUGGCUGCAAGGGCCCUAUGUCUACAAACUCUACAGCCACUAUGGAUUUGCAGAGUCCCAGAUCGCUGUCCUCUAUGUUGUUGGAUUCGCGGCGAGUAUCUUGUUCGGCACCAGUACUGGGCCGCUGGCUGACCGAUUCGGCAGACGACUCAUGUGUGUCUGCUUUGCCGUGCUCUACUCCAUCUGCUGUUUCACCAAACUCAGCCCAGACUAUUUUGUGUUGCUCUUUGGACGGAUUUUGGGUGGCAUCUCCACGUCAAUGUUGUUUUCAAGUUUCGAAGCUUGGUAUGUCUAUGAGCACCGUGAGCACCACGGCUUUCCAGUCGAGUGGAUCUCGUCAACCUUCAGCAAAGCCACCUUCUUCAAUGGCUUGCUGGCCAUAGUAGCAGGAAUUAUUGCCAAUUUUGCGGCCGAGACGAUGUCUUUUGGACCAGUGGCCCCCUUCAUGAUGGCCGUGCCCUGCUUGGUGGUUGCUGGCAUUGGAGCUGGACUCUGGUGGCCGGAAAACAGGGGUUCGGUCACUCCUGAGGUUGGAAUGUCCUGCAUGAAAGGACUCCGCUACAUUCUGUCAGACUUGACCACGCUGCAGCUGGGAAUGGUCCAGGCACUUUUUGAGGCUGUCAUGUAUAUUUUUGUCUUUCUUUGGACGCCAAUGCUCGAGCCAGCAAAACCACCCCUAGGGCUUGUCUUCUCGUGCUUUAUGGUUGCGAUCAUGAUCGGCUCGUCUAUUUAUUCCAUCUGUACCUCCAAAAAGAUAAAAUCCGAGCAAGUCCUGUUGGCAGCUUGCGGUUUGGCCCUGUGUUGCACCCUGGUGUGUGCCUACUCUUCAGGGGCCCCACUCAUCUCUCUGGGCGCCUUCAUCCUGUUGGAGAUCUGCGUCGGAAUGUACUAUCCGGCGAUCGGUUCAUUGAGGAGCCAAGUGGUGCCCGAGCAGUACCGGGCCAACAUUAUAAACUGGUUCCGCGUGCCCAUGAACCUGAUCACCUGCGGAGGACUUUUGUGGCUGCACUCUGGCACGGAAAACAACGCCGAGACCAACAGGCACAUGUUCCUGAUGUGCACGGUGGUGCUUGCCGGCGCUUCGUACAUGGCCUACUGCUUCUGCCAGCGCUUCAAACCUGCCCCACCAGCAGCCACAAUUGCAGUCCAGCAAGAGCCCUUGCUGAAACCGGAAGGUGUUUAAGAAAAGAACGGUCAGUUAAAUUACUUAAUAAUUUAUGUUUUCCAUUUCUGACGUUUUGGUUUUUAUUUAAACGUGAAGUUUCCGUGUGAUAGGAAUUCGAGUUCCACUCUUUUCUUUUAGUAAGCCACAAAGUCCAACCACAAAACUCACAAUAAUUGGCAAAAUCUCAUUUGUUUUAAAUAAAAGUAGGCGCAGUCUACAAACACACUCCAAAAGCCAUACGAAUAAAAACAUUGUUUGAAAUAAUUGGCAGCUGUAGUCAAUUUAAAGCCAAAUGAAAAAUUCUACCACUAAAUAUUUAAUAAACUGCUUAAGUAUAGCAGUCCUUUAUCAGAAUCACCUGAAAGUAUUGAAGUACCUUAAUAAUUAGAAGAAGAAAAAAGUAAAUUGAUACACAAUUACUGUGUAAGAUAGUUUGAACCAAAAGACUUACUUAUAUGCCCUUGAUGACUGUGGUUAGAAGAAUUUUUGAAAACGUUAAAAGGCGUUACUACUUCUGAAUUUUAUAUAGGAGUAAAACAUUUUUUGAAUGAAGUGAUAGCUACAUAAAUUCUGAUCCAUCAGAAAUUUAUCUGGUAUUAAAAAUGAUUGAACUAAAUUACUUUCAACCAGGUCAAUUUAUUUGUAUUGUAUUAUAUCACAGUAUAAAAAUAUGAGUGAUUUUUUCUGCAUUUUCUCAUCUGUGUUCCUUGACUGUUUACUGUGUUCGAUCGUUCGGAAAGGUGCGUAACUGCAAUAUCCACAAAGCGUUACAUGUUUUAUUAUUUAUUGUUGUACAAAAUGACUCAAAUAAAAAUUUAAAUGAUAAUUUUUAAAAUCA